AUGAAUAUGAGAUUCAUUUUCUAUGUAGUUGCAUUCGUGUUUGCGUGGAAUGGUUCUAACGGGCUCAUGCUGCCGGGUUGGAGGGCUCAACAUGGCCCAGCUCAGGCCAUGUCGUGGUUCUCCAGAGUGCGUCGCUAUCCUCUCCCCUCGCAUAGGAUCAUUGACCCUAUCGAAGAUUGCUUCCUGGUGACGUCUGAAGAAGGAGAGUUGUUUUUCAAAUCACCUUCCGAUGAACCGAUUGUUUGCGGCAUUUACAUGAUAGCUGAUCCAGAUAAACGGAUCCAAGUCAUCUUUAAUUACCUCGACGUGCCAUGCGAGAAUGGCGGCUUGGUUGCCUGGGUAGACGGGUGGGAAUUGAAUGGUCAAGUGUGGCCAGCUGAUGCCUGGGACGAUGACAGGGUUGUGGAGUCCUGUGACAAGCGUCCACAGCGCAAGUUGGUCUCCAAACAGAACGCUGCCCUAGUGCAGUAUAGAGUUCCAGCACGAGGAAAAGGAUUUGCUAUUACAAUACGACACAUUAGAAAUCCAAGACCUUGUAACUUAAUGCUUUUUGGAUCUGAUGGAGUAUAUACUCUUCGGAAUCAUGGCGAGACAGGGAAUUGCUCAGUGUUGGCAGUAUCUCCAGCUACUGUCCGUGUUUUAGACUUGGAUGUGGGACAGACUGUGAAGAGAAAUAGCCUCCUUGAAGUCGAAACUGGAACUAUUCAUCAUUGCACAAAGCGGGGACUUCACGACUACGUAGAUAUUGGCGGGGCUAGUGGGCUCGACCACACCAAAAUGGAAGUGUAUGAUAGCUUAUGUGGACUCGACUCAAACGAAGCUCGCCGCUCGAUGUACAUAGCCUGUGAGGACACCGUCGUACGAUUGGUUUCUAGUGGACGCUACCAAAAUUCUGUAACCCUGGCCUUCUCUGCUCUACCUCUGGAAAACAUCGAGCAUGCUGAUCUCAUUUGCGGGAUGAAUGAUAUUUAA